AUGAUUCUACCCGAUGUCAUCGAAGCGGCCACCCAGGUCAUCAAUGCCCGGCCCCCUAGCCAUACGCACCACCCGCUACCGACCGUGACACCCGAUAUCCCACGGGUCUACCAUGAACAUGCCUCAGAUGUGGGACACAAGACCCUAUGGGUUGUCUGUGUGCUCAUGGGACUAUCCUCACUUGCGUUCUACGCCAUGGCCUGGAGAGUCCCAGUGCAAAAACGCCUCUUCCACGUCCUCACAGCCUUGAUCACCACCUUCGCGUUCCUGUCUUACUAUGCGAUGGCAACCGGAGACGGUGUGGGCGUCCACACCACCGUGGUCAAGGAGACCAAACUCCACGUCGUGACCGAGAUUGUCAACCGGGACGUUUACUGGGCUCGCUACGUCGACUGGUCACUGACCACCCCUCUCCUACUCCUCGACCUCUGCCUUUUCGCCGGUCUCGACGGUGCCAGCAUCCUUGUGGCCAUCGUCUCCGACGUGAUCAUGAUAUUGACCGGUCUCUUCGCCGCCUUCAGCAGAGACAGCGCCCAGGGCUGGGGCUGGUACACGUUCGGCUGCAUCGCCUACCUCAACAUCGUCUACCAGCUUGGAUACAAGGGAAGACAUGCUGUAUCGGGCAAGGACGCAAAGACUAAGAGGUUCUUUGGCGCCAUCUCGCUCUUUACGCUUAUCCUCUGGACCCUAUACCCAAUCAUCUGGGGUGUUGCUGAUGGCGCACGAGUCGUCGGAGUUGAUGGCGAGAUCAUCGGCUAUGCUAUUUUGGACGUCCUCGCCAAGCCCGUCUUCGGUUUCUGGCUGCUUCUCACCCACGACAAGAUGAGCCGCAGCUCGCCAUCCAUCGAAGGGUUUUGGUCCAAUGGACUGUCAAGUGAAGGUGGACUUCGCGUCGGUGAUGUCCUGGGACGCGGUGACGAUGACUAA